UAUAGAGUAAUAAAUCAAGUAGUAGAGUUGUAAUCCAAACAAAUGGAGCAGGAAGCAAUAGUUACCACUUGGAGAAGGUGGGGAUGAGACAGGCAGAAACUCAGAAUUCAUUCAUACUCUGUCCCCAUCUCUCUCAUUGAGGUCCCACCAUGCCAGCUGCUCUUACCUCCAUCACUCUCUUUCUCUCUUUCUACUACAAACGCCACCCCUCUCCCCUACCUCAGUAUCCCAUUCUUCUUCUUCUUCUUCUGCAGCAGCAGCAUACAACUACAACUUCAUGUAGUAACUACCAAGUACCAACCACCUACCUUAAACUCUCCAAAUAAUGCCGGAUCAUUAUUCAAGUGGUGGUGCCACAAUGAACGACCAGCUCUCCAACCCAACCUCCAUCUUCGGCCUACGCCUCUGGGUUGUUCUUGGCGUCUGCGUUGGCGCCUCCAUUGUCCUCCUCUUAUUCCUCAUCUCCAUUUGCCUCGCUUCCAAGCGCUCCAAGAAAACCACCACCAUCACCACCACCACCACCACUACCACCACUUCAUCUUCAAUCCCUGUCCCUGAUGUAUCCAAGGAGAUCCAAGAGAUCAGAGUACUUGACCCCAAUCCAUUACCCGACCCUAUUCCCGAACCGGAACCGGACGAAGAGAACCCCUCCGUGGUCUACAACAGAAUCCAAUUUGAGAUUGGGAAAAACCAUAGAAUCUCUUACCCUACUGAACAACGACCUUUUCUAAGGUCUUCUUCCCGUGAAGGCAGUGGUGAGGUUCCUACCGUGAUCCCUGAGGUUUCUCACUUGGGUUGGGGCCACUGGUACACCCUCAGGGAGCUUGAGGAUUCCACCAAUGGGUUUGCGCCGGAGAAUGUCAUUGGCGAAGGUGGCUAUGGAAUUGUUUACCAUGGUGUCUUGAAGGACAACACAAACGUUGCCGUUAAGAAUUUGCUCAACAACAGGGGACAAGCAGAGAGAGAGUUUAAGGUUGAAGUGGAAGCUAUAGGAAGAGUUCGGCACAAGAAUCUAGUGAGGUUGCUCGGUUAUUGUGCUGAAGGAGCACACAGAAUGCUUGUGUAUGAGUACGUUGACAAUGGUAACUUGGAGCAGUGGCUGCACGGUGAUGUUGGGUCUUGCAGCCCUCUAACUUGGGAAAUUCGAAUGAACAUUAUCCUUGGAACUGCAAAAGGAUUAACUUAUCUUCAUGAGGGGCUGGAACCAAAAGUUGUUCACCGUGAUAUUAAAUCAAGCAAUAUCUUGAUCGAUAAGCAGUGGAAUUCCAAGGUUUCAGAUUUUGGCCUUGCCAAGCUCCUUGGCUCUCAGAGCAGCUAUGUCACCACCCGUGUCAUGGGUACAUUUGGAUAUGUAGCUCCUGAAUAUGCAAGUACUGGCAUGUUGAAUGAACGAAGCGAUGUGUAUAGUUUUGGAAUUCUUAUCAUGGAAGUAAUCACAGGGAGGAACCCGGUUGAUUAUAGCCGUCCGCCGGAAGAGGUGAAUUUAGUUGAUUGGCUCAAGAAGAUGGUUAGUAACAGAAAUCCAGAGGGAGUAUUGGAUCCUAAGCUUCCUGAGAAACCAACAUUAAGGGCACUAAAAAGAGUCCUUCUUGUAGCUCUACGCUGCACAGACCCUAAUGCACAGAAACGUCCUAAAAUGGGGCAUGUUAUACACAUGCUUGAGACUGAAGAUUCCCUUAAUUACAAAGAGGACCGCAGAGCUAGAAGGGAUGCAGAUCAUUCACCUAACCAUAGAGCAGAGGAUGGAUUAAAAGUGAAUGCAAAUGUAUCAGAAGGUGACUGUAACAAUGAAAAUGGCACGUGUGGCCAUGAGACAACAAAAAGCCAUCAACUAGAAGAGCAAUAAAUUAGGGGAAAUGUUUGAGCAACUCAUUUUUCUUGUAAUCAUUAUAUACUCAUAUUCCUCAUUACAGCAAGAUGCAGUUUGGAUUUCACCAAAGGUGGAAACUACAAUUCAUCCUAUGCUAAUGAACUAACGAGUAUUAUGUGGUUAGUAUAGUACAAAACUCCACAGUGAAUAUAAGAAAAAUGAGUUACAUUUUCACCGCUCAUAAAUUUGCAGUGCUGUCUCUUUAAUGACCAGGUAGCCUGUGGUACCCUCAUUUAAUAUACAAGCUGUCAAGGUCUAAUGCCAAAGCUAUAUGUUCCGAUGAGGACCUGGCAUACCUAUAUUAUACCAUGUCAUUCAUUGUGCUUGAUCCUUCUAUAUACUCACAAAAGCCCCCAAAAAAAAGAGCAAUAUUUGCCAGCUUUCUCUCUGUCCUGGGUCCCUUUCCUUUUCCCUCUCAGGGAUGAUUGUGUAGCUUGAGGUUGGUCAUGUAAAGAUUGGCCAUAUUGUGCAACUCAUCCAAUAAAAAAGAAUUUUUGCACAUUUAAAAAAGAAAUAUAAUUGUGUGUUCUAAACUAAUGUUUGUUGCAAAA